AUGUCUAGCUCAAUCAUUGAAAAGGCUAUCGAUUCACAUCAAGAAAAAGUUCAAGUGGAAUAUGACGAAGGUUCGCUAGAACAGGGCGCCAAUAUCAACGUUGAUGAAGAGUUUGAAAAAUACAGACAACUCGGUGAUGCUGAAAAACAAACUAGUGGGUUUUGGAACAACUUAAAGAGGUUUGAAAUACCUGUCAAUUUCAAAAACAAACAUCACAUGGUCCACUUGUUGGGUGGGUUUGCUUCAUUUGCUGGUGUUUUGAGUGGUGUUGACCAAUCUAUAAUUAGUGGUGCUCAACUAGGCUUAAACUCGCAGUUGCAUCUUACUGGUGAUCAAAACUCAUUGGUUUCAGCGUUGAUGCCUCUUGGGGCUGUUGCUGGCUCUUUAUUAUUGCCACCGUUGCAGAAAUUCAGUAGAAAAAAUGCAAUCACAGCGUCAUGCAUUCUAUACACCAUUGGUGCAAUCAUGUGUGCUGCUACUCCAAUCCCACACCAAGUUGGGUCAUCAUUUUUCAACAAAAACUCAACCAACGUGUUGUACGCAGGUAGAUUCAUUUUGGGAUUAGGUGUUGGUAUCGAAGGUGGUGGUGUCAAUGUCUACAUUGCCGAAUCUGUCCCCAGUGACAAAAGAGGGGUUUUGGUCAGCGCGUAUCAGUUUUUCAUUGCAUUUGGUGAAGUGUUGGGUUAUGCAAUUGCGGCAAUUUUCAUUUCAACCCAUGCUGGAUGGCGAUACAUGUUGGGAUCGUCAUUGGUGUUCUCAACGAUUUUGUUAAUUGGUUUGAUUUUUUUACCUGAAUCGCCUCGUUUCCUUGCCAAGAAGGGUAAAUUCGGAGAAGCAUUCAAUGUGUUUGCAAGAUUGAGGGAUAUUGAUGAUAAGAGAAGCAAGAUUGAAUUUUUGCAAAUGAUUCAAGCGGCCGAACACGAAAGAGAAAUACGUUUGACAACGAAAAAGUACAAGGCUUGGGUUGAAUUGUUCACAGUGCCAAGAAACAGACGUGCUUUGAUCUAUGGGUUGAUUAUGAUUACAUUAGGGCAAUUGACUGGUAUCAAUGCCGUUAUGUAUUACCUUUCAGAUUUGAUGAAACAGAUUGGAUUCUCGGACAAGAAUGCUGUGUUUAUGUCCUUGGUUGGUGGUGGUUCAUUACUUAUUGGAACCAUCCCAGCUAUUUUGUACAUGGAUAAAUUCGGAAGAAGAAUAUGGGGUUACAACUUGAUUGGAUUCUUUAUCGGGUUGGUUUUGGUGGGUGUGGGUUACUUGAUUCCUAUUGAUACCAAUUUGCAAGCAGCAGAGGGUGUCUACUUGACAGGUCUCAUACUAUACAUGGGAUUCUUUGGUUCAUAUGCAUGCUUGACGUGGGUUGUUCCCUCAGAAUCGUUUAGUCUUGGAACUAGAUCGCAAGGUGUCACUUUAUGUUCAGCAUUAUUGUACUUGUGGUCAUUCACAGUCACUUACAACUUCAACAGAAUGAAAGAAGCACUUACAUAUACUGGUUUGACCAUUGGAUUCUACGGAGGUAUUGCGUUUUUGGGAUUCUUUUACCAAGUCUUGUUUAUGCCAGAAACUAAGGGAAAGACCUUGGAAGAAAUUGAUGAGAUUUUUGAAAAAUCGUCAUUUGCAUUGGCUAGGGAAAAUUUGGAAGGGUUGAAGAGAUUUUGGAGUUUUAAAAUACUAGGAGGGAUUUACCUCUCAUCGAUAGACCCCAUCAACGACAAGGUGGAUCUCGAGAAAGAGUACGGAAUAACACACAUUUUAUCGAUCCUACCGGGAGCCAUUGAUGAGACGUAUACUCAACACUAUCAUCAUAAACAAAUUGAGGUAACAGAUCAAGAAACAACCAACUUGAUACCAUACUUUGAUGAAUGUGACAAGUUCAUUCAAGAGGCAACGCAAGACAAAGGCAAAAUUCUUGUUCAUUGUGCGCAAGGUGUAUCUCGUUCAGUAGCCAUUGUUAUGGUGUACUUGAUGAAGCAUUACAAGUUGAAUAUUGAUCAAGCGUUGCAUGCAGUAAAGAGAAAAUGCCCGGAUGCAGGACCCAAUCCAGCCUUUCUUGAACAAAUCAAGAUAUACGAGUCAAUGAACUUCACAGUUGACGGACAAAAUACACAAUACAGGAACUACUUGAGAAACCUUUCGUUGCAACAAGAUCCUACUGGUGAGAAUUUGCGAGAGAUUACGAUGAAUUCGAUUGCAACAGACUCCAGCACAACACCACUGCCGUAUGACCUACGUUGUAAACGAUGCAGACAAGUACUUGCACAUAGCUCCAACAUAGAAGACCAUCAGGUGCCCACAUCUGAUUCUCGACAAGCACAAUUCAUUAAAACUGCUCCCAACUCACGGAGAAUAGUUUCAGUGCAACCAGCAAGCAAAACUUGUUCUCACUAUUUCUUUACGGAGCCAGUAGAUUGGAUGAAGACAGAGCUAGAAAAGUCGGAAAUCGAAGGUAAAUUCCAGUGUCCGAAAUGCAGUUCAAAAUAG